GAAGAGGGCAGUAACGAGGAAAUUAUGUUGCAUUUUUAAGUGAUUUUGUGCAAUCCAAUCGGUACGGUUGGACUGGGCACGGUAUGUCAGCAGUGUAUCGGUGACUUUUGAGAGAGUAAAAUCUUAUUUUUGUGUGUUCUUCGGCUUAUGCGAAAAGUACUUGAGAUGUUCUUAUCAAUUGCACGAUUUUUCGUCCUUUUCCUAUUUGGGUUUGUUCUGGUGCGUGCAGCAGCAGCAAGUGUCGUUAACAGUACAGAAUGUGGAAUGAGUAUAGGAUUUAAUAUAACCGCUUACUAUCAGAUGCCACCGCUCUACCUCUACGAUGACUACGAUCGCUGUCUGGACGAGUUCCCCGAGCGGGCCACCUACUGCCUGGUGGACAGCUGGAUCGUCCCAAACGACUCCGCACCGCUGUGGUCCGUGAUAGAGCAAUUUUCCGCCGACAGAAAGCGCAGCUUCCGCCACGAUCGACUCCAGCGCGGUCUGUGCAUGAACCGAUGCCACCAGCUACUGACCAGGUUCGAUCCACGCACGCAGAUGAAGUACUUCCGCGCUCGCUUCGAACCUAACGAUUCUCAGGUGGUAAAGCUGUGUGUAGAAAAUGUUUCAUUCUCUAGAACCUCAAUUCUUUCGCCGCGCACACAGAUCACGUUCGACCCGAACACGUUCCGCGGGGCGCUCGACUGGCGCAACCGAUACCGCCGUUUAGCCAAUCAAUGUGUCAAUUACGAGCUGAAACGUCAGUACUCCCUGAUGGCCUACACAACGGUAGAAUACUGCACGACGAACCGAGCGCAAACGGACCGGGACGUACGGGUGUCCGCGGUGCAAGCAGCACCGGAAGCAUUAGAUAAGAUUGAUGUUACGUUUCUGUUUGUCCUUGGUACACUACUCACCCUAACACUGCUGUCCACCGGGUACGAUUGCUAUCGAUACCGGCAAGCGCGACCACACCACGGCGGCACGAUUGUGGAUGGAUUAAGAGAUUACUAUCGAUCCGGAUUGGAGCGCCCGGGUGUAAGCCGUGCCACCGUACUGCUCGUUGCGUUUUCCCUUCCCCGGAACUGGCAUCUACUAACGACGGCGCGUAGAAAGGUGUCCAGCACCGCCACGAAAGAUUUGCGCUUCAUACAGUCGGUCCGGUUUCUCAUCAUGUACCUCGUCAUCGCCGGCCACUCAAUGCUGUUUAAUUGCAUCUUUCCGCUACAGAACCCACAGUACGUCGAGCUGAACUAUCGCCGUGUCAUUACGAUGCUGAUAUUCAACGGCAUUACGGUGGUGCAGACGUACUUCACCGUGAGUGGAUUCCUGCUGGCCGUACACUUUGUGGAUUUUGCCGAAAAGCAGCGCCGCUUCCGCUGCUGGGACUAUCUGCAAAGUAUUGUGUAUCGAUUUUUAAGAUUAACACCAGUUUAUGCGUUUAUGCUGCUGCUCGACGCCACCUGGCUGAUUCGGCUGCAGGACGGCCCGAUCUGGAAGCGGGUGGCCGAAACGGAGCGCACCUACUGCCGCACGAACUGGUGGGCCAACGUGCUGUACGUCAACAACUACGUCACCGUAUCGGAACCGUGUUUACAACAGACCUGGUACCUUGCGACUGACUUUCAACUGUUCGCCAUUGAGCUUGCCAUUCUCGCGCUUACAUGGCGCUAUCCGAAGCUGCUUAAACCGUUGCUGGCCGUCGCCGUGCUGGGAGCACUUCUAAUACCGGCCAUCGUUACGUACGUCAAUCGUUUCGAAGGCGUCGUCAUCUUACGACCCGAAGCGCUCAAGUAUGUGCUGUGGUAUGAUCCGAUGUACCGCAAGAUGUACAUUCCGACGCACACCAACUUUGGCAGCUAUUUGGCCGGUCUCAUCGCCGGCUUGCUGUAUCACAGGCUGAAGCGCGCCAACUUUGAUGCCGUUCGCCAUCGGGGCUUUCGCACGCUCUGGUACGUAUCGCUUCCGACCGCAAUCGUCCUGCUGCUGUCGGCGUACAUAUUUUAUGCGUACGAUUUUGAAAAGCCCGCGCUCUGGAUAGCGGCCUACGCGGCACUGGCGAAGAAUCUCUGGGGUGCACUUUUCGGCGUACUGUUCGUCGGGCUGGCGUUCGGUGUUGGGGGCUUUCUACGAACGGCGCUGAAUAAUUCGAUCUUUCGGCCACUCGGCAAGGUGACGUACUGUGUGUUCCUGUGCCAUCUGUUUGUGAUACGCGUCACGCUGGGCAACAUCCGGCAGCCGAUCUAUGUGAGCGAUAUGCGAAUUCUUGUGUCUACCUCGUCGACGCUGGUACUGGCGUACAUUAUGGGGACGUUAAUGUGCCUGCUGAUCGAAAUACCAUUUUCCAACGUACAGAAAACGCUGUUCUUCUACAAGCCGGAAAGUGAAUAUUGGAAAAUUCCGCAACUACAACUGUACGACAGUAUUGAGCAGUGUCUGCACAACAAGCCCGAGGGUGUGUUCUGUGUCGCGAAGGUGGUGAUCAAACCGGAAAGUCGGUCGGAAAUAUGGCGGCUUAUUAAAAAAUACUCCAAGUAUACGUUCCAGUACAAUCACGAUGUGCUUACGCGUGGCGUGUGUCUUGACCGGUGUAAGAGCGUGGUGGAGCAAUUGGGUCCCGAGGCAGAGAGGUUCUAUGUGCCAAAGUUUAACGUUUCAAAACGGUAUGCCAUUUCGGAUUGGUUACUGCCAAAUGUUACCCAAUACCGCCGUGCCUACGGCUACCUUAUCAAUGUGUGCCAAAACUAUGACCUUCGCACACGCUACAACCUGUCCGGGUAUGCGGAAAUCGAAGAAUGUACUACCAAUGAGAAUUUGGACCGACCAAUGGACACUCUAGAUAUUUGCUACAUAGUACUGCUUGCUUUGCUGCUCCUGCUUGCGAUCAGCUCCCAGUGCUACGACAGUUGGCUUGCGCGUAGAUCCAGCGACGACGAAAACUACUACCGAAAAUCGCACAAAAGUCGUGUGGCAACCCUGGCGACUGCCUUUUCGCUGCGCCGUAACUGGGCCCGGCUAACGUACAAAGCGUCCCGCUGCCAGUACCAGCAGGAUUUGGACUUUCUCGAUCUGGUGCGCGUGCUGACGAUGAGCUUCAUACUGCUGCUGCACGUGUUUAUCGGGAUGGCCAUGUUUACCGCCCAAAAUCCCCUAGCGAUGGAGCAGUUUUCGGCCCAUCCGUUGUCGCAGAUGCUCUUCUCUAUAGCCCCGUUCCAGGUGGACAUGUUCUUCUGUGUUAGUGGCCUGCUGCUAACAGUGCAGUUUCUAGAACACACCGAAAACAAGCGCUUUCGAAUUAGCAUCCUAUGGCAAGGGCUGAUCAAUCGUUAUCUGAGAUCUCUUCCCGUGUAUGCCGUACUGAUGCUCUUUACCGUAUCUCGCUACGAUACCUACCAGACGACACCGUCGGCGUACAAAAUUAUGCCCAAAGUACGACUGAUCUGUCGCCGCAAGUGGUGGAUCAACUUCCUGUACAUCAACAACUACUAUCAGCCGGAAGAACAGUGUCUCAUACACACCUGGUAUCUGGCCGCGGACUUUCAGCUGUUUGUGAUCGGUUUGGCGGUGUUGACGUUACUGUGGCGCUUUCCCAAAGCCACCUUCUGGACGGCGGUAACGCUGGGUGUGGUAGGAGUCGUACUGCCCAUGAUCAACACGUACUUGCACGCCAUGGAUGCAAUGAUGCCACUAACAAUGAAAGGCAACGAGUAUCAGCUCUGGUACGAUGAAUACUUUGUGAAGACUUAUCAGGCAACGGAGACGCACUGCUGUAGCUACUUUUGCGGCAUGAUCGCAGGGUUGCUGUAUAACAAGAUCACACGCAAGGAGCUUACACUUCCACUCGGUACGCUAAAGAAUGUAUUCACAUUGGCGUACAUUUCCAUCAUUGGAUUCGCCCUACAAGCGCCACUGUACAACAUGAUCCAGUUCAGCAAACCUUCGCUCUGGAUGGCAAUCCUGUCGGGCGUGCAUAAGCUCUCGAUCGGUUCGUUCUACUCGAUGGCCUUCCUGUUGCUUACCUUUCACGAUCGUACGUCAGCCGUGCGACGGUGGUUCAGUGGAAAUGCGCUGAGCCGUGCGAUGGCACGGCUCGGGUUCGGGUUUUACCUUGUGCAGAUGUCCGUCCUGAAGGUUGUGUUUGGGAAUUAUCCAGAGGAUACGCGCAUCAAUGUGCAACUUAUUGUUUCAACGUUUUGCUCAACAUUCAUCCUGUCGUACAGUAUCGCACUGGUUGCUUUCAUUUUAAUAGAAAAGCCGUUCGAUGUUCUAUUCAAACUGCUGCUAAGCUCUGGCAAACCACGGCGGUCCGAGCUUGAAUCAGCGUCGGUUAGCAAGCAGUCAGCAAUUAGUAGCAUUUCGGUGAUAUCUUCGGCGAAAGAGAACGGAAACGCUAAAGGGAAUGGCUUACAGGAGGAAGUGAAAGAUCGAUCGAUCCUGCUUGCUGUGAUGGAUUCAGUGCUCGUAGCGCUGCUGCUAUUCACCUGCAUCACUUUCGCCCAUCCCCAGCAGCAGCAUUCCGUUCCGUCCAUCUUUAUUUACGAUGAUUUUGAGCGGUGUGAAGCGACCGCAUCGGUGUACUGCUAUGCCCGCACCAUACUCCGUGUCGAUCAAUUUCCGGCCGGAUUCGUAGUGCCACAAACGGAAAGCACAGAUCGAAUUGUCCACAAGCAUCGGGCGCAGUACCUCGAGCUGGGUGUCUGUUUGAGGGACUGUGAGCAGGAAGUGAAAAGCUUAAGUGCAGCCACCAGGAAGACACUCUUCCAGCCAGAAAUUCCUGUGAAUUUUACUUUCCUAAUUCCGAAUGAGCUGUUUCCCACGAUGCCGGCCGAUAAGCGGCACUACGAAACGCUGGUGAAUGUGUGCGUAAAUCAGCGGCUGCGCACGCGUUACAACAUUACCGGUUACACGGCCCUCGAGUACUGUCGACCCAAGCCCAAACAAACGGCCCGCCCGUACGAUGCAUUGGAGGUGAUCUUUCUUGCCGUCUCGGGGACGCUUGUCAGUACGCUCAUCCUCACAACGCUGCUGGACGUUUGUCGCGUUAACCAAGAAAAUGCAAUCGUCUCCGCUUUCUCCGUACGCCGCAAUUGGAUGCGCCUGCGGGCCGAUGCCGACUCGCCCCUGCACCGCGAUCUGCUGUACAUCGAUGGGCUGCGCGUGCUCGUCAACCAUCUGGUGAUUGUGCUGCACAGCUUUCUGAUCGCGAGCGUUGCCCCGGCUCAGAACUACAGCGAACUGGAGGACCUGGCGAACAAUGUGCCGAUGCGCAUCUACCUCUCCUCGAACGCGUACCUGGUGCAGAUCUUCUUCACGAUCGGUGGCUAUCUGCUGAGCGUUAACUUUCUGCGCGAUGCCGACCGCGGCCCGAUCGAUGCGCGCUACGCCGGCAACAAGAUUCUCAACCGGCUGGUGCGCCUGGUGCCCGUGUAUGCGUUCUUUCUACUGUUCUCCGUUAGCCUUAACGUACGGUUCGAUGUGAAUGUGAACGGGUUUCGGCUGUUUACGGCAGAGAAUGCCAUUUGCCGUCAGAAUUGGUGGACCAAUGUGUUGUUUGUGAAUAAUUUUCUGUGGCCAAAGGAGCUUUGUUUGAUGCACACCUGGUACUUGGCGGCUGAUUUGCAACUGUUCCUAAUGGCGAUGGGUGUGCUGGUGCUGGUGCACCGGAGGCCCAAAAGUGUUGGGGUGGUGUUUUUGGUCGGAGUGUUAGUGUCGUUUACUGUUCCCGGGUAUAUAACGCACCAGCAUAAGUUGCACCCUGUGCUGCCGGGUAAGCUGAGUGAAGCCAAGUUCCUGACCAUGUACGAGCCAUGGAUAAGGCGCAUUUAUCUACCAAGCUAUGCAAACACUGGCUGCUACCUGUACGGAGUCAUUGCCGGGUAUCUGUACCAUCGCACAAAGAACUACAAGAUGCAGCUUGAACGAUUUUGGCUCUAUCGAAUGAUCAACGCAUACGUAACACCGGUACUGGUCGCCGUGACGGUGUCUUCCUUCCUCUGGUACGUGAUCGAAGUCCCAAAACCUAACCUCUGGGUAUCGCUCUAUAGUGCACUUUACAGAAACAUAAUCGGUAUCUUUGUGGCUGUGUGCUUUCUGCGCUCCAUCGACAAAUCUCCUGGCACUUUGCGUAGCAUUCUCAGCUCCAAACUGCUAACCACACUCGGCAAGCUUACCUACAGUGCGUACGUACUGCACGAUGUGGUGAUGCGGUUUUUGCUGUUGCGCGAAAACUUCAACAGUGUGAUCAACGUGCAAAAGUUUAUAGCUUGGGUGUACAUUGUGACGGGGGUAGCCUUUGCCGGUGGACUGGUCGUGUUUCUUGCCAUUGAGCAGCCCAUGAUACAGCUGAUUAAACCAUACAUAAGCCGAGUGUGCCCUGUAAGGGUAAAAGCAAAGCAGAAAAAAGUGUUUCUCACAUCAUACUGCCACAUGUCACAGUAUCAUCGUAUGCCGAAACUCUGGCAGAUGGAUGAUUAUGACGAAUGUCUCGAGUCACCCGGACCGGAUGAACCUUCGGGCGUGUUCUGUAGUUUGUCCGUCGUACUGAAGCCCAAUAAUCGGUCUGAGCUUUGGAAGCUGAUUGAGGAAUUUUCCAGCGACUAUAAGCGCCACUAUAACCAUCAAGUGCUCAAAUGGGGUGUUUGCAUCAAAAGGUGUCAAAAGGCGAUUGAAAAGCUCUCACCAGCGGAAAGAAAUGCACUAACGGUGGAGCCAUUCCCGAUUGAUGUUCGGUAUAAAUUCAAUGAUGGCAUACUGGAAAACAUUCCUACGUACCGAGAGGCCUAUCACGAUGUUCUGGAAAUUUGCAUCAACAAGGAGCUUAACGAUACGUACGGUUUGGUCGCUCAUACCGAGAUACUUUCGUGUGACAAAUCCGCCGAUGAGGUUGUUAUAGUAGAUGCACUAGAUAUGUCCUUCCUCAUCGUUCUAUGCGCGCUUGUAUGCUUUGUGACGCUUUCCUCCUGGUACGAUAGCUCGAUGAACUACAAACGAACCUCCGACCACUACCGACAACCGUUGGACAGUAAACGUAAAAUGGUUUGGGUGUCCUUCUCUAUUCAACGCAACUGGUACCGGCUAACGUCGCGAUCGAGGGACGAACUAAACCAAAAGCUGCGCUUUUUCCAGGCGUUCCGAUUUCUGACCAUGUCGCUGGUCAUUUUUGGUCAUGCCGCUCUGCUACUUGCCGUCACACCGACCACCCAUUCGGAGAAGCUUGAAAGGAUGAUGCACAACGUGGGCAGCAUGAUACUCACGAACGGUGUGCAGAUCACGCAAACGUUUCUUGGCAUGAGUGGCGCACUGUUGGCGAUACAGUUUUGUAGCUUUGCCGAGAAACGGAAGGGAAAAGUCAGCUUCCUUUACGUUCCAUUUGCGAUCCUCUAUCGUUACGUCAGAUUAACACCGGUGUAUGCGUUCGUGAUAUUGCUUCAUGCCACAUGGCUGUUGAAGCUGCAAACUGGCCCUCUGUGGCGCUGGGGCGCCGAAACCGAACAAACAUUCUGCCGCCGGAACUGGUGGACGAACCUACUGUACAUCAACAACUACGUACAUGCUGACGAGCCAUGUGUCCAGCAAGGUUGGUACCUUGGUGCCGAGUUUCAAAUAUUCAUCAUCGCACUGAUCGUGCUGGUUACGAUCGUAAAGAUCCCCCGUGCAAAGGUCCUUAUACUGGGAUUGAUGCUACUUGCAGGCUACGUCAUUCCCGCGCUCUUCAUCUACUACCAAAAGCUUGAGGGAACGUUCGUUGUCACCUUAGAAGCUCAACGCUAUAUCCUUUGGUACGACAAGUUCUACCUGCACGCAUACAUCCCGACGCACAUCAACUUCGGUAACUACAUCCAAGGCGUUCUGACGGGCGUUAUUUACAACGAGCUGCAGAAACGGUCGAUCAAUCUGGCCCAAAGUAAAGUAUUUCGCGUCGUGUGGUAUCUUACCUUCGCGAUCAUUCCUCUCUCCAUGCUGCCGUCCUACAUGUUCUACGUGAAUGACUUCCCCACGCCAUCGGUCUGGAUGGCAGUGUACUUUGCCUUGUCGAAGAAUCUGUACGGCAUCGGUGUAGGGAUCGUGAUUCUUGGCUGCAUUUACGGUGUGAACGGUGUGGUGAAGCGUAUGCUUAACUAUCCGUUCUUUGAACCGCUCGGCCGGUUGGCGUACGGUGCGUACUUGGUGCAUCCGUUCGUGAUGCGCUACAUGUUUGUUAGUGUACGGGGUCCGGUUCACUACAGUGACUUACUGACGCUUUCUCUGGUGUUUGGAGCAACGGUUAUGUCCUGCCUGAUGGCAUUGGUGCUUUGUCUGCUCAUUGAGCUCCCCACUACUGCGCUGCAGAAUCAUCUCUUUGGAAGCUUUAAAGAUCAAAAGUCGAACCCCGUGGAUCCAGAAACUGCCACCAAUGGUAACAUCAACCCAGGCUUUGAGGGGAAGAAAAGUGAACUAUAAGCAACAUGCGUGCAUUUUGUAGGUC